CACUGUUACACAGCUCUACAAAAAAUGCCGAAUAAAUUUCCGAAGCCCAAAUCUAAAAGAGCUAGAAAAGGGAAGAAUGUCUCCUACAUGUAUCCUCAGCUACAUCGUGACGUCUUGAAGGCAGUGUCCCCCAAUAUCAAAAAGCCCUGGUUCAAUAGUAGGGCGGGUGACGAAGCUGAUAAAAAAUACGAGACGAAUGUCAUGGGCAAGUUCAAAUGCGAUAAUGAUGGCUGCUCUAGCGAUGGAUGGAGCAGUAAUAGGGUGGCAAUUUUGAUUAGGGGGUAUUCUGGGAACGGAUACAACGCGGAAGUAUUUGGCCAACGUUGUCGAUUAUGCAACGCGCUCGGUACUUUGACGUUGGAUGAUAACUCAUACCUCGAGCGGGUAGCAUAUAGGCUCAAUAAAUGGGGGGGUAUCAGUGUCAAGCCGCCCGACCAUAAAAUCGGUCAAUCUCCGCCACACAGAGAAGAUCUCUGCGAGGGCUGCAAGAUGGGCUAUUGCCAACAAGGCGGGCGUAGGAUCUAAUAAGAAAAAGCUGCUUUGUCGAGCCCUUUAUACAGCAUCUUAGUGAUGAAAAUCUACCUUUAUUUUUCUUGUUUGGCGAUGUGUUCGUAGCUACCUACUCGGGUCGGAUUGUAUAGGAUUUUGUGAUGAUCUUAGGUCGCCCAAUAGCCUUUUUCACUAUGGAAUGUUCGAUUUCUACGAUCGGUCUGUACUAGGAGGUAGUGCUUAAGUUGUUAAGCCUC